AUGCUUGUAGUAUUUCAGGCCUCUCUCCUGUGCAUCAACUAUCAAAGUCAAAGAUGGUGGCUUUUCCGCGGAUAUAUAUCGUCGAGACAACCAGAACCUGACAUUAGCACCAAGGUGCAAGGUGCUGUCCAUUUUGACGAAUACUUCAAGACCCAGUCUCCUGUCGACUUCUUUAUUUGCUUCUCGUUGGCCGCUGUUGCUGGAAAUAGCGGUCAAAGCAAUUACACUGCCGCAAACAACUUCCUAGCUACCUUGACUGCCCAGCGUAGGCGGAGGGGACUCGCCGGGUCUUGUAUAGAUCUCAGUGCUGUUUACGGAGUUGGAUACGUUGCCAAAGCAGCGCGCGAAUUCGACUACGAACUCAACCCAUAUACUUUCGUGUCAAUAGCCGAGCAAGAUGUUGAUGAGCUGUUUGCCGAAGCCGUUAUCGCAGGUCAACCUCAGCAAGAUGGAAGAGCCAGUGGAGAUUAUUACGGGAAUCUCAAAUCUAGAAUACAAAAACCGUGA